GUACUUCUGUGAGGUCCGGCUUGACCAGACACUGUACGCCCAGACCUCGGUGAAGACCAUGACGGACAUGCUGUUCUGGGGGGAACACUUUGAGUUCAAGAACCUGCCCGUCGUAGACAUCAUCACCGUCAACUUGUACAGAGAGGCAGACAAGAAGAAGAAAAAGGACAAAAACACACUGAUAGGCUACAUCAAUUUGUCCAUAUCAGAGAUCGAGAACAGACAGAUGAUCGAGAAAUGAUGACGAACACUUGACUUUCCGAGGCAACAGUAUAGCCACCAAGGCCAUGGAGGCCUAUAUGAAGUUGGUUGGAGAAAAGUACCUACAAGACACCCUGGCGGAGUUUAUCCGUCAGAUGCUGGUCUCCACGGACGACUGUGAGGUGGACCCAGCCAAAGUGGGCAACCCACAGAUCCUGGCCUGUCAGCAGAAAAAUCUGGACAUGUACUGUAACAUGGCCUGGGUCAAGAUCAUCAACUCUUUCUGCUAUUUCCCAAAUGAGCUGAGGGAGGUUUUCUCAACACUGCGUAACCGCUGCGACGACCGGGAGAAGGAGGACUACAGCGACAACCUCAUCAGCGGCUGUAUCUUCCUGCGCUUCCUCUGCCCGGCCAUCCUGUACCCCAGUCUGUUCAACCUCACGCAAGAGUACCCUGGAGAGAGAGCGUCCAGAAACCUAACACUUAUUGCGAAGACUCUGCAGACGCUGGCAAACUUCACACAGUUUGGUGGCAAAGAGGAGUUUAUGACCUUCAUGAACACAUUUGUGGAGCGAGAAGCUCCCAAUAUGAAAACCUUUCUACACAAAAUCUCUAGUCGGGACGCGGGGAACCAGUUCUUGGAGUACGAUGGCUACAUCGACCUGGGCAAGGAGUUGUCUGUCCUUCACUCCCUGCUGCUGGACUGUAUGGGCAAGUUCCCCGAGACAUCGGACAAAAAGUUUGAGCGUCUGAGCAACAUCCUGAACACGGUGUCAAACGCAUUCGACGACCCUACUGUUGGGCUGAAAAAGCCAAACAGGAAGUCUCAGAUCUACGACAAUCUGGUGCACGUACCGACCACAGCCCGCGACAUGGCGCAGCAGACGCCCAACAAAAUCACAUACGGGCCGGCGCGCAUGAAGAACAUGACGGCCUCGUCCCCCACAGAGGUCCUCAUCGACAUGCUGAGGCAUUGUGGGGAGUCAGCGGACGACCUCCCGGCCCUGGCUAACAGGGGCAGACAGGGGGAGAGAACCAAUGCAACAGGGGAAGCGACGCCGUCGACAGCCUCCUCGAGGGGGACUUCGAAAGACGAAGAAGACAGCGGUGGUGGUGGUGGGCGUGCGGUGGGUGACUCGUGGUCGCAGAUGGUGAACGCGGCGGAUAGUGUGAACGGAGAUUACAUCGACCUGAUCCCAUUUAUGGAUGAGGAUGUUCAGAAUUCCUCGCUGGAGAUGGAGGCCACUGGAAGCCAGGUGUCUAUUGGCCAGGUGUCCACCGUUGCCUCGUCGGGCUACCAGUCGUUCAGUCACAGCCAAUCACAGUCCAACUCUCCGGUGGACCCCAGCAGUCAAGGGGACAGCACCAGGGAGAUGACCAGAGAGCUGUCCAGGUCACCCAUCAUCCACUACAACCCUGGACAGACACAGCCUCUGGCAUUUGCCAACCCUCUGUUCCGGCAUCAACAACAGCAACAGCAAUUACAACAGCAGCUGCGCACGGCACCAGCCAGCGCAGGAAUACGACGGGGCAGCGGGCCAGGCUCUCUGGGCUCCCAUCAAGGCAUGCCCAUUAGUCAGGCCAGGACAAUGCGGCGACGGUCCAGUGACUCAUCAGUCAGCAGCGAGGAAGGAGACGGUGGGGUGGAUGCUGAUGAAGGUGACGUUCGGCGCAGACAGACGCAGCCUGUGAAGUUAUCAGCGAAAUCGUCGUCAAAAUCGGCGAAUUCUUCGGACUAUCAUUCGUCGAUAGCUCCGCUGAAGAAACUGUCUCAGCUGAGCAGCUCUAGCAGUGAAGAAGACAGUCUCAACAUGAAAGGUUCAGCGUCCUAUGGGGGAGGAGGAAGCUCGGGCAGUUUCGUCCACUCUUCCUCCUCUAACUUCAUCUCUCCAUCAUCAGCAUCGUAUCAGUCUUCCUCAAAAACCUCCUCUUCCUCAUCGGGAGGGGGAAGUGGCACCACGUCUCACUCUUCAUCGCUCUCCUCUGCCCUGGGUGGGGGGUACAACGGAUGCAGCACCUUCCCCCGCUACCACAACCGACAACAGCAGGAUAAGGGAGGAGGGGGCGGUGGGGGAAAUAACGACACCAGCCCACCCCUGCCCCCGCGCGAGGCCAUCAUCCCAUCAACAGGAAGCGGGACAGUUGGACGCAGCGGUAACUUUCACCGACAGUUCUCCCAGCCUCAGGCUGGCUCACACAGCCCCAGCCAGGGCCCGCCACCCCCACGGCCGCUGCCCCAGAGGGGAGGAGGGAUCACCACCAACCAGGCCGGCCACGUACAGCAGCGACACCCCAUGCAGCCCCCAGGGGGCGGUGGGGAUCCCGGUGCCCCACGUGUGGGGGUCGCAUACCACAUGACCUCCAGCCCUGCCAUAGCCCCACGUGGUUUCCACUCAACCUCUGGCUCAGGUCAGUCUAGUCCUAGCAUCCACCACCGGGGCAGCGGUGUCGGGAAUGCCUUAGCAGGCGGGCUCUCCAGCCCAGUCAUCUACCGCAACAAUAAGACCACCAACAACAGCAUCAACAACAACAACAAUAAUAACGUUGCUGAUGAUAUUUCAGGAAAUCUAGCGGUAUCCUCUUCAUCUUCGUCAAACAACACACCCACCAACCCACCCGCGUCCGGCCAAUGCUCAUCGAACUGGCAGGUGGCGCAGCAUGUAGAGCGGUCAAGCUCAUCCCAGGAUACCAGCAGUAGCUCGGAGUCGUCUCCCCAAAGCCUGGUUCGGUCGGCCCAGCACACCGCCUCUGCCUCCAGCAUGCAUGAGUCGAGCAGCGCUCACAGCAUCAGCUCAGCGCCAUCCUCAUCACAACCCUGGGCCUACACGCCCUCGCACAGCGACUCCAACAGCUCGCUGAGCAGCCUGACCAAACCGCACCAACGAGUGCCCGUGCGGAGUGACUCCAGCGGGUCUCUUGGUGGGGGCGGGGGUGUGGGGCAGGUGUCCCGCAUCUCUCAGACCCCCAGUGACUCCAACAGUUCGGUGAGCAGCGGGAACAACAACAGCUCCACCGGCGGGCCCACAGCGGUGACGACAAGUGGGGGUAACUCCAUCGACAACUUCGCCAGUCUGACACACGCCCGGCCCUUCCACAGCCACCCGAGCCCCAGCGCCUUCCAGGCCCGUCUGUCCAGCCGCAGCGACAGCCACCUCAACACCAGCGCCUCCUCCCUGCAGAACAAACCGCAGCCCCCUCCCCCGUCCUUCCUCGCCUCCUCCAAGUACUCUGUGGUACACCCACCAGUGCCCGCGGCCCAUGGAAGUCCGCGUAGUGAGCACGUGGCCUCAGACCCGGCCUUGAACCCCAACCGCCCAUCGUACCCCCCGUCUCGCAGUAUGGACUUGGGCUACAUGAAGCGGGCCUCCACAGACUCCACUUUGAGCCAGCCCAUCGACGGGCUCUCUCCCACAGGGAGUGGGCCUACCUUCCCCCUUCCCCGUGACGACAGCAGCCAAUCAGUCUCGAGUGCGACAGGCUCGUCAGCCAAUCGUAGGCUCUCGCCACAGUCAGCCGUCCACAUGGGGAUCAGCUCGGUGCAACGCAAGCUUCAGGAACAGGAACGGACAAAACAGGAAUACGAACAGGAAGUUCAUGUCCUGCGUCAGCAACUGCUAGAGGCCCAGGAGCGUCUGCAACACGCCGAGCUGCGUCUGCUGGACCACGAGGAGGACACACACCAGCUGCUGGACGAGUGGCAGUCGCGUCUGGUUGAGUCGGAGGAGAAGAUGAGGAGGCAGCAGGAGGAGAAGGACGAGCAGAUGAAGACAAUUAUCACACGACUGCAGUCUAUCGAGGAAGAACUCAAGCGAGAGCAUUCGGAGAUGUCCACGGCAGUAGAACACAAACAACAGGUCAUCGAGGUGCAGGAGCAGAGGAUCCGAACCUUGGACCAAGCCAACAACAAGCUGCUCCAGGCUUUGGCAGAGCUGAAGGGCCGAGCGGCCCAGGAGAGGGAGGGCCGCCGAGGGUCGUCCUCGUGCAACGGUGUGGCGGGGCAGAAGGAAGUGGCAGGCUUCAAGACAAGCUCCUGCUGACCCGUGCUGGCGUGUGCUGACACGCAGCCAGAUGUGUCAGCCAGAUGCAUUGUAUAGGCUGUGCUGGUGGUGUGUAGGCUUAGCAUCAAAUGUGUUCUUUCUUCGGUGUGUUGUGUGUGUGCUGAUGAUGUGUGUGUGGUGAUGAUGUGUGUGUGGUGAUGAUGUGUGUUGGUAAUGGUAACCGUAGCUCUGAUGAUGCAGUAAUGUGCACAAGUAUGUUGGGAUUUUUUCAACGGGGAAUGGCUCGCAAUGUGCUGUGCUUGCAGUGUGGAAUUCCAUGCAACAUCCACAUACAGAAAGGGAAGUACAGGAGUAGCCAGUUACAGAGUCUAUGCUGGCACAAUGUCAUAUUUGUAUUCUCUCCUCAGAUUGGUUAACCCUUUACAUCAUGAGCUGGCUUGCUACACUCACUGAUCAUCUGCCCUUUAUGUGGGUGCUGCACUGUCUCACCUGUUGUUGAUCUUUUAAGUGUGGGAACAUUCUGGAGCAGGCGACGGUUUUGGCCAUGCUUCAAGUCAGUCAAGUCAGUGACUGUAACGGUCAAUCUCUGUGGAUACUUGUAACUAUCAGUACAGAGGCGGCCAGUUCAGCACAGACCUAAAAGUCAUAGGAGCCACACUUAGCAAAAGGACGGAGCGUUACUGAUCUGUACAGGCUGCGACACCAGGCUCAGCAUAGUGUCCUCCUUCAAUAACGCAUUUGGCAGACACACUUGCCAAAGAUUUUUGCCAGCAGUUCGGAAAACUCGAAACACACAAUUGGGAUAACAGGAGUGGGAUAUUUGGAAAUCAGACAGCUGGAAUCAGAUGUAAAAAGUCAGAAAACAGCAGUGAAAAAACAGAAGUCAGAUAUCAGAAGUCGGAUAUCCAAGACGUCAGAAUUCACAACUAUCAUGUGGUAUUUAAAGUUGUUUUUGUUUGUUUUUUAAUUUUUAAGUUUCCAUUUCCUAUGGUAUGAUAUGCUUGUGACAAUACAUAGAUUUUAUGAAUCCAACCUCUGAGGACAGAAGUUUUUACACAGGAAGAUAGAGACACAUGCAUUAGAUCAGACACAGCUGUGGAGUGUGUCCUGUCCCAUCUGCAUUUAUGUGUGCUUUGUCUUCUCAUUUCUGUGACUUUAGGUGUUCUACGUUUCAUGAAACUAUUUUUUUUUUUCGAGAUCUUUUCUAUCAGCAUACCAUUUUUAACAUUAUUUCCCUCUUGCUAGAUCCUGUUGGAGAUGAAUGUUAAAAACAUUUGGAGGUCUCAUCUCUUCAAUUAUCUUACAGAUAAGGGGCAGUAAACCUGUAUAAUGUCGCAACUGAUUGGUGUUGGGGAAACCCAGGACAGAAGCUCGUGUGUGGACAAAUGGGGUCACUGAUGUAACAUUUUCCCGAAGCUUGCUCACAGCUUAUGUUAAAUGCGCGUGGAGCAGGUUUGAGAACCAGGUUUGUGUACCAUAGUUUUGUGAAAGUGACUUAUGUGCGUUUACUAACGUAUGGGACGAAGGUUUUUUGUUCUUGCAGUUUGAGAAGGUUUUUUUCCCAUGUGUUUGUAAUUAUGUGUGUUUAAGUGUGCAUGGGUAAGCACUCGUGUGUUAUUUUCUUGUUGUGAUCAUACAGCUGCUGGUAAGAUUACCCUAAAAGAUCGGAGACAUGGAAAAAUAAUUGUAAAAAGUGUGCAAGUUUGUUGGACUUAUUUUUCCUGUAAAAAAAAAAAA